AAUCCUUUCACUGACACUAAAAGCGCUCAGCAGCAGAGAGGCAUUGGAUAUACAUGCUCCUGCUUUAAAAGAGACACACAGGACAAAAGAGCAUCUUUACAAGAACACGAUCUAUUUAACGGUAAGAAGCAAUGGCUGAACACCUGAUGAUGCCUAUGACCCAUGGCUCCGCUGGCGGAGGCCUGCAUGGGUAUCGCAUGGGAAUGACUGGCCCCUCUCCACAUGGACCCCACCCCGGCAUGCGGAUGCUACCCAAUGGGCAGCUUAUGCACUACGGCAGGGGCCCCCAAAACUCCAUGGAAGCAGCCAUGAGGCAGAGGAAUGCGAUGAAUGGUGUCAUGAAUGGUCAGGUCAAUGGCCAGAUGGGUGGUGGUCACCCCCACCAAAUGCAGCAGGCCAAUAUGAUGUAUGGAGGUCCAAAUCAACCUCAAGCACAGCACCAUCAUAUGCAUCCGCAAAACCAGCACCCACAGCAGUAUAUGGGUGGUGGAGGCCUUACAGCAUCUCAACAGCUUAUGGCGAGCAUGCAUCUACAGAAACUCAAUACUCAGUACCACGGGUACCCACACGGGCCAGUCAAUGGGCAUCAAAUGGGAAAUGGGGUCCAGCACAGAAUGAGUCCUGCUCAGUUGGCGGGCAUGCAGAUGGGGAUGGGUGGCCCAGCAUUGGGCCUAAACGUCAUGGACAUGGACUUGAUCGAUGAGGAGGUUCUGACGUCUCUUGUGCUGGAGCUCGGGUUGGACCGGGUUCAAGAGCUUCCUGAGCUCUUCCUCGGACAAAAUGAGUUUGACUUUAUCUCAGACUUUGUGUGCAAGCAGCAGCCAAGUACUGUCAGUUGCUGAGAGGACAAUCAGAGGUUCAACUUCUGGUCCUUCAGGCCUGGUCACCAAUAAAACUCUGGGACAACACAAGAAAAGCUCAAAGGUUUUACGUUACUCUGUGUAUCUGUGAAGUUGUGCUAUGCAUAUUGUAGUGCACACUGACUUGAUCUGUUUGCUUUUGAAGAAUGGUUGGGUUAAAAUAUGGUCAGAACUUCUGGAUGGUCUUCACUUUUUUAAGAACUGGCCACUGUGAUUGGCCAGUUGAAGUGUGGCUUUGGUGAGCAGGCCUUAUCUUGUCCCAUUGGUCCUGCUCGGUUGAUGUUGACCAACUGCCCCAUAGUUGAAUGUAACUUCACAUGGUGGAAAAAAGAAGUCUGCUUGGAACAAUGCAGGAAAUGCUUUGCCUCCUCAGGGGCGACUAGAAUCAAAAGCAUUAGAAAUGUAUUUAUGUAUGAUGCCUACCAAAAAAACAAAAAACAGACGUGAUCUGUGGUGAUGGAGAAACCUGCCUUUCUCAAACUAACCCCAAGAAAAGAAUUUAUUUGAAUGUGGGUAUUGAAGGCUGGUACUUCAAAACUAGUGAAGUUGAUUUUCCAGUAGUUCUUUAUGGUAUUUGAAAUGGUGAGGUGGUAAGGGUUGGGUAUGAAACAUUCUUUUGACACGGUGUUACACUGUUAAUUUUCUGUCUAAAACGAUUCAGAAUCUAUCGUAAAAAUUAUACUGUCACAUUCAACACACUUAUUUCUGCUACUUCUAACAGAAUAAGGGGUCAUUCACACAGGAUGCACUCUUGCAUUCAAAACAGCUAGAUGGAGCCAAUAUGAUCACAUAGGAAGUAGGCAUGCUGCUUUUCAGUAUCCUGACAUCGAUCCCAUUCUGCAGAGUUACUGACAUGCGCCAUCUCAGAUGCACCUCAGAGACACAGGUUCUGGUCCAGACGUGAAGCCAGGAAGUAAUCACGUUCAGAUAAUCAAUGAGGAGUGUGAUUCAGAGGUUGCAUUCUCCCUCUAAGAUUCAGUCUUUUACUCCACAGAUGGUUAGGUUUAGGGUGGGGGGUUGGGUUAGGGCACAUGGUUAGUAAAAUAUGCAUUCCUGUUGACAUAAUUUACAACUAAAAACACUUUUGCCAUCCUUCUGUGGACAUUUUACCCAGAAACUGGAGCACAGACGUGCCAAUACGUUCAACAACAUUUCCUGAUUUGGGUACUGGGGCAGUGGUUCAGCAACCUUCUGUUGCUGAUUCACAAUGAAAUAAGUCAGACGAAGGACAACGGAAUGGAACAGAACGCAGAUGUAUCGCAGAUGAUGUCUCCAGAUGUAUUUUUAACUCGACACACAAAAAUGCAAUGCUUGUAGUGUAAGACGCUGAAAAAAAAAAAAAAAAAACAGCAAGAUACGAUACAACAGCCAAAGAUGUCCAUCUGAUGCAUGUGUACAUGGACCAACAAAUAAAAAUAGCACAGAUGGAACACAAGAACGUGUUCUGUGUGAACGCCCCCUAACUUAUAGUGUCUUAAAUUCACUAUAGGAUGUGUCUUGGUACUUACAGGAAUAUUUCCGUGUUGCCUGGAAAAUAGCGGAAAGUUUUGUAGACUCCAUUGCUAAUCGCUGAGCCUGUAUUCCCUGCUGAUGAGUUUGAACUGUAGAACUGCCUUAGUUUUUUUUUACACAGUACUGCUAAUUAUUCACUGUAGACAUUCAUACCUGGUGCCAUGGAACGAGGAACUAGAAACUACUUUUUGUAUGAUGUAUAGAGGGAAAAUAUGGCUUCUUCCCAUCUGUAGUAUUUUUUCAUAUAGGGUACAAAAUGUGGACCACAACCUCCAUUAAGCCACAUAUUGCAUACAGAAUUAAACUUUAAAAAUAAGCAUAUCCAUUUUUGUGUAAAUUAAUCUGAAUGUCAAUUGUUCAGCUAUUGUUUGAAACAACCACUAACCAUUGCACCGAUGUCUCGAUAUGUGUUUGAGCUAGCACAAAAUGAAUUUAGCCUCUACACUGCCCUAACACUGCAGCUUUUUAAUAUGAUUAGAUUGAAAUUACACUUACAACCCUCAUUUUAAUUGAGGUCAGCAUGGUCCUUCAUCUCAGAUGGCCUGACAAAAUGGGCAUGUUCAUUUGCCUGAUAUUGCGUAGGGUGUAGUGAAGAGUUUGGGAACGACUGCCCUGCUGAGUGUAGAGGACAUUGAGAACUUCAUGUGGUGUUAUGUUGGUGGUUGUGUUCAGUUGAGUACUCUGUGGGGGUUGGGUUGGUAUGGAAAUAGCACAGUGUACAGUCGUAGGUUAAUCUGUUCCACCCGAGUCGGGCUCAACACUCUUGGCUCUACCCACCCCAGGGUAAUUGCUGCGUGCACGGCUUGAACAUUACCCACUGAAUGAAAAAAUCACAAACAGGGAAAGACAGAGAAUCAGAUAGGUCAUAUCCUGUGUUUUGCAGCUCAAAUUGUGCUGAUUGUUCAGGGCUUUGAUACUUAAUGAAUGGGGAAUCAUUUCUGAUAUUGAUCUAGUUAGUUGUAUUUCUUAUAUCUGUAAUUACUGCAAUGUCUUCCCCAAUGUCAUUGUUCUGUAAUUCACCAUGCUUGACUAAUUAUAGAGUAAACAGCCUCUAGGAAACAUGGAAUGAUAUGUGGAUUUUGAAUUGAUUGAAUGAUUUUGGAAUUUUUCCAUUCUCAGAGAUCCAAUCCAAUUCUCAGAAAUGUUCUUUUUCCUUUGUUUGUUUUUGUUUGUUAAAGGGAGGGAAUGUGUGAACAUUUGAACUUAAUAUCACUUGGGUUUUUUGCCAAUCUGUUUAUGGUAAUCACACAACAUCCCUAAAGAUCAGUUAAGAAUGUCAACUGCAGGUUUGUAUGGACACAAGUGAGAUUGUAUGUUCUCUUCCAAACUGUUUGCUGUUAUUUACUGUCGCAUUGCUCCCACAAAUUCUUUUUUAAAUGUUGUUAAUUAUAUCUUAAGGAAAUGUAUUUAUUUUCAUUGAAAAUAAAAUAUUUAUUUAAAGAAGU